AUGGAGAAAAUUUCCAUCCUCAGGUACCCUCUCUCCCUCGCUUUCUUUAUCUUCUGUUUCGUGACAACUGCUGCCGAACAGAUCUCAUCUUUUUCGCUCAAGAAAUUCGAGACAAACCCCAUCUUCGGCUCACAAGUCGCUCUCUUCGGCGAUGCCGAGGUUGUUAAUGGUGGUUAUUCCGUUAACGUUACUCGUUCGUCGAUUCUGAGCGCUGGGCGCCUCAUGUACAAGCAACCCAUUAAGCUUGUUGAAGGGAACCCUAGAAAAGGAGUGUCCUUCUCUACAUAUUUCUCUUUCUCUAUCUCCCCUGACAAUGGCGAUGGCAUCGCUUUCGUGCUUCUUCCAAGUGGGUUUCCUUCCCAAUUCUUAGACGGAACCUCCUUUGGGCUCUCCCCGGGAUUGGGGAAGUUGGGCUCUCGAGUUCUGGCUGUUGAAUUCGACACCUCCAUGGACGCCAAGUUUGCUGAUCCGAACGGAAACCAUGUGGGGAUCGACAUAGAUACCCUCGUCUCUGUCGCUGUGAGCAAUGUGACCUCCCUGGGUUUGGUGCUCAACGGUGGUGACAAACUGCAUACGUGGAUUGAUUACGACGCCAGCUCCAAAUACUUGCAAGUUAGGUUGGGCAAAUUAGGCAACGUGAGGCCAUCUGAUCCAUUGAUUUCUUAUCCAAUCGAUCUGUCAGAAAUGUGGAAGGAAGAAGAGGUGUUCGUGGGCUUGAGUUCAUCUACCGGGAAUUCUUCCCAGACCACAACCGUUCAUUCAUGGAGCUUUACGUUGAGACGGAUUCCUAACUGGAUGCAUUCACAACCAUUAGACCCUCGAGCUCAUUCCGAGCCCAGUAAGCCUCUGACAGUAACAGUAGUCCACAAGAAGAAGGAUUGUGUGAUCAGAACACUUACUGGAGUUAUUUUUGGGACUGCCUGCGGAGCAUUGGUAACAUUAAUUGUGAUGGCGUUGUGGAAUUUCUUCACAAGCAGGCCUCCGGUGGCUCCGGUGGAGUAUCCCGAGCACCCGGUGGAGUUGGGUUACGAAAAGAUCAGAAUAAUUAGAGAAAAAGCUACCACAGAUGAUAAGAAAUAG